CCUUUCUGCAUUGCGCUCGAGGAUCACUGCGUUGUUGGGCGACGACUCCGGUUGAUACUGCUGCCGCGUCACGCGUGUCGCCGUCUACGUGUCUUUGAACUUUCUGGCUCGCUCCGCUGUAAGUUGUCUUCUGCCGCAGCACCCAAAAAGGUACAUUGUACCCGCAUACCCGCGUUUUGACCUCGCCGCCUGGUCGAAGCAACCAGACAGCAGCAGCGAAGUAGGAAGCACCACGAGUUGUGAUACAACGACGGAAGUCUCAGCUAGCCGAGGAUUGUGUUCGGUUGGAGUCGGCGUAGAGGAUGGCUACCUUGGCGGACAGCUUUUUGGAUGACUUGGACGAGCUUGGGGAGAGCUCGGACGAGGAGACCCAGGAGGACGGAGGGAGGGGAGGGGGUGCCUCGGCGGCGGGCGGGGCAUCCGGGGAAGGCGACCGCGACGAUGACAUGGAGGUGCAUGAUACGAGAAAGAACGAGUCGGACAGGGCGGGCACAGACGAAGUCCCCACUGGAAGACGAAGAGAGAAGGGCCUAGACGGAACGGCUGGAAAUGAAACGGCAGGGGGCGGCCAGGGCGGGGGCUCGGGGGCAGCGGCGGAAGGCGGUGGAGAAGGAGAAGGGCUGGAGUCCACGCUAGGCCGGAUAGGCGACCGCACGGUGGACGCCGUGGCCAAGCUUCGGAAGAGCGAGCGCUUCAAGAGCCAGAUGGCGGAGAUUGACGAAUGCCUGAAACGAGAGCCGGCUCCGAGAGUGGGAGCGUUGGAGGACGAUCCCGAGUACAAGCUGGUUGUCGCCAGCAAUGAGCUCAUUCAGGACAUCGACCCGGAAAUGGUGGAGGUGCACCGCUUCGUGGUGGACAGGUACUCGCAGAAGUUCCCCGAGCUGGACAGCCUCAUCCCGCAGCCGGCGGACUACGUCCGGACGGUGCAGGUCAUGCGGAACGAGAUGGACAUGACGCAAGUGGAACUGGAUUCCGCCUUGCCGCAGACGACCGUGAUGGUCGUGAGCGUGACCGGCUCCACCACCAGCGGCCAGCCUCUGUCGGAGGAGGACCUGCACGAGUGCAUCAAGGGUUGCGAGGAGUACGAGGCCUUAGCAGCGGCGAAGGCGUCGAUCCUUGACUUCGUCGAGACGAGGAUGACCAGCAUGGCGCCCAACGUGUGCGCCCUGAUCGGCAGCCGAAUCACCGCCCAGCUUCUGGGGCUGACGGGGGGCCUGACGGCCAUGUCCAAGACCCCGUCCUGCAACCUACAGGAGUUCCCGGUGAUGGGCCAGGAGAAGAAGACGCUGAGCGGGUUCUCCUCCAAGGCCACCGUGUCCCACGCGGGACUGCUCUACCAGAGCGACGUCGUCCAGCUCGCUCCCCCUUACCUCAGGACCAAGGCCCUGCGGGUCACCGCCGCUAAGGUGAGCCUGGCGUCGAGGUUUGACAGCUACGGCAACGACCCGUCCGGGCACGUGGGUCGGCAGUGGAGGGCCGAGGUGGAGGACAAGAUCGAGAAGUGGCAAGAGAUGCAGACCGCCAAGACCAAGAAGGCGCUGCCGAAGCCCGACGACAUGCCGGCCAGAAAACGCGGCGGCAGGAGGGUGCGAUCGUUCAAGCAGAAGUUCGCCAUGACCGACGUCCGCAAGGAGGCCAACCGGAUGGGCUUUGCCUCGAUGGCGGACGAGUACAGCGACACCGCCAUGGGGAAGGACUACGGUAUGCUAGGCAAGUCCGGUAGCGGGCGAGUCCGAGCCCCGAUGAAGAAGGAGAUGAAGCAAAACGUCAGCAAGAAGCUCAAGGUGGCCAACCUCAGCUCCGGCCAGACGAACGGGCUCAACUCGAGUCUCGUCUUCACCCCCAUCCAGGGCCUGGAGUUGGUGAACCCCAACGCGGACAAAGAGAAGAAGGUUAUGGCGGCAAACAAGAAGUGGUUCGACUCCAGCAGCGGCUUCAUGUCGGCAAAGCCAAAAUAGUAAAAAUUGUCUCACGAUCGGCGUACGUUAUGCGUGUGUGAUGGAGUCAACAUCUCAGCGCGGCCUGGGCGUGUGUGCACAGCCUGCAGUUCGUAUCCUCCGCUGCUGAGUAAGUAGUUGUCAGGUUUCCAUACCGUUGGUUGUUUCGCCCAACUUGCAUGGCGACGAUACUACACGAUUGGCAUGGGUUGCUGUGCCCAACUCGAUGCUAAAAAAUAGAGUGGGGGUGGAAUAGCUUGGCAGUCCAAGUUUUUUCAUCUCCGGCAUGAAAUCCGCCCGUGGGGCGUUGGCGGCAGCUUCUCAUCGGAGAUUGAGAUCGUUGGUGGUGAUGGUUGGGUAGAGUUGGUUGACACUUUGCGGGUGCAGAUUUGCCUGCAUGGGCACACUCACACAAAUACUUCUGCAAAAAUAUCUGUAUUUUGGAGGUACAGUGGACGCGCUGAUGGACAUGCAGUGGUCCAACCCCGCCAGCGACUAAACUUACUAGACGAGCGGCCCACGAAUGUUGACGUACGUUUGUGAGUGGGAUGACGCAUAGGAGGAGGCGACGAGGUAACCAAUACCAUGUGCAAAGCAAGUUAUGUAGAGGCUGCGCAGAACAUGCUCGGCGGCGUGCUCUGUGCGGUAUCUCAGGGCGCAGAAGCGAAUCUUGUUGGUCUCGGAACGGGUAAGAAAACCAAGCAAAGCGCCCAUCGGCGCAUUUUGCGUUGAGAGCUGGGCCUCAGCCCGUGUGCCAAACCGCAAUCGAUGUAAACCCCCUUCGUCACACCAUUCGUUAGUGGCACUCAGACGACGACGCGCGGUUUCUUCGCGUGUAUCGCACACAUGCGCGUGUGUGGGAUGGUCAUCGCAUCAUCUGGACUACAGCGGGGGUCCCUAUUUAGUGCCGAUUGAAUCGUGUCAAUGCCCGAUAUCGUGUCGGUGUUUUCCACGUGCACACAUGAAUGUCCAAGUCAUUGCUUUGAGUAGUGCCGGUGAUAUUUCUGGGCACAUACGGGCACUACAGAGGGACCCCCACUGCACUACAUGGGACGAGCGGUUCUAGACGUUGAUGCAAGACAAGCAAUGGUGCAGGUAUUGUUGCACGCUACGCCGGAUCUGACCCCGCGAUGCUGUUUGUUGCGACUUUUAUGUCUUGCGGCGUUUUUUUUUUGAGAAACGGGACACCCGCACCCCAGGAAACAACACGCGAAGGGUCUCUCCGUAAGACUGACGUCAUGCGGGGCAGGAUUGUUUCCUGUGCUACAAGAUUGCCUCCUUAUGAUUUAGUGGCGCUCGGCGCUCUUCUCGUUGUGUUCACGUUUGGGUCUCCAUCACGAUAAUCGUAUCACAGCCGCGGCGCGCAAAGUUGUCCCCCCCCUCCUCCCGUCAUUGCCGUUUUUCACUCCUCCAUAAGUCCCCCGCUAGCUCCGCAACCCGUCGCUGGUGAUCUACGGCGAUGGGGGAAAAAGCAAUCCAACAGAACAGAUUCAGAUAACUUCAAUGGCUCCCACGAAAAAUAAACCAAUUUAAUCGUCGACAAACACCACACCAUAAAAGCAGCUACAGUACACCAGUGAACGUCUGGCACCAGGAACAUCUACUUGACUGCACGCGUAAUUUUGGUGUUAUUUUAUCUGACUCGGAAGGAAAUGGUACACUUCGUUGAUUUUGCAGAGUGGAACACUGCCACCGACAAGAGAAAAAAAAAUGCAACAGAUACCCACUUGGCACCACUAUCCGCGGCAUCGCUGCGUGUCGUUCGGCGGACGC